AUCGCCGGGACCCGAGGCGCCAGCGCCGCGCGCUGAUCUCCCGCCGCCACAGGCUCCGCGCGUUGCUGAGACAGGUACAAGUGGAUUCGUAUCCACAGUGCAAAUUUGCUCUUCUUCAGAGCUCAUGUUGGAUAUCACCCUGGCAAUUUUAAAGAGACAAGGUCAAAGGACACAGAAGAGAAGAUGGACUGGGGAACACUGCAGAAUAUUUUAGGAAGUGUGAACAAACACUCCACCAGUAUUGGGAAGAUCUGGCUCACUGUCCUGUUCAUUUUCCGUGUUAUGAUCCUCGUGGUAGCUGCAGAGAGAGUCUGGGGAGACGAACAAAGUGAUUUUGUCUGCAACACUCUGCAACCGGGAUGCAAAAAUGUUUGCUAUGACCACUUCUUCCCCAUCUCUCACAUUAGACUGUGGGCCCUUCAGCUCAUCUUUGUCUCAACUCCUGCACUUCUGGUGGCCAUGCACAUUGCACACAGACGGCACGAGAAGAAAAGGCAGCUCACGAGUGGUGAGAAAGUGGAUAUUGAAGAACUGAAUAAACAAAAGUUUCAUAUUCAGGGCUCAUUGUGGUGGACAUACACCUGCAGCAUAUUGUUCAGAAUCAUCUUUGAAGCUGUCUUCAUGUAUGUGUUUUACGUAAUGUAUGAUGGAUACCAAAUGCCUCAGCUACUGAAAUGUAGCGCGUGGCCUUGCCCCAACAUAGUGGAUUGCUUUGUUUCUCGACCCACUGAGAAAACAAUGUUUACUAUUUUCAUGCUUUCUGUGUCUGGGAUCUGUAUGCUGUUAAAUGUGGCUGAAAUGUGUUAUCUGAUGAUAAAAUUUUGUAUGAAAGCACCUAGGAAACCAGCAACUUUAAAAUAGCUCCCCACUCAUCAGAAUGUUUCUUCCUCCCAACUUCCUGAUAGGUAUCAGAAAACAGUGAUGUUUUUCAGGCUGAAUGAAAAUAAAAUGUAAACAUAAAAUGUAAUUUAUUUUAAAAAUCUGAUAGCCCCCCCAUGAAACUUACUGAGUUUUUAAAGAUCUUAAAGAUCAUGGAUGUGUGCUGACUACUCCCUUAGCUGAAUACUCAGCCCGAUCCUGCUAGCUGUAGCUUUUAAAGUUUGCAGCUGGUAGAAGAGUAAACCCUGCUCUGAUUCUAGUGUUAAGAAGCCAAUGGAGUGUAAUAAUUUAAAAAAGUGAUACACUUGUGUGCAUCUAGCUGUGGGAGAGGCCAGAGAGGGGAGAUCCACACGUUCCUGGCAUAUAGUGUGUGUUGCACCAAUCACUUUUAGUGAUGAAGCUACUAAGAAGGGUUUGUGUCUGAAUGGGACAGAGAUUUUGUUUGGGACAUUUUUAGGCAUGAGACUCUCCUUGCUGCAGUGGGGAAAGAGGAAGGCAGAGUGGCAACUGCAUCUAUGGUAGGGUCCUUGUUUCUCUCUCCAAGCAAUCUCCACGUUCAUUGUGUGUGCGUGUGUGUGCAUACACAGCCUAGUACUGUAUUUUUCAGUAGAUUCCUUCUAACUGCUCUCAAAGGGAGUGGGUUGUUCAGUUCAGCCAGUGUGAAGCAAGCCCUGGCAGUACUGCUUCCAUGGAGGCAACCACAUGGAAGUUAGCAUUGUAGGGGGUGGAACUGGAAUCCCUUGCUCAUUCCCUGGGAGAGGCAAUAAGGCAAACACUGCCUUCCCAUGUAAUAAUUUAGAGAAAACAUGAGGCAAGGGUGCCCAAAGGGGUCUUCUUCUUCCACUUGCCCUGCAACACGUUUUUCUAGGGGAAGGGGUGGUGCUGAGAGCCUCAGUUUGGUAGGUUCAGUUCUAACCUUUGAAAAAGAGAUUUUUACCAAAUAACUGGCCCCCCUUCAAUUGCUUAUUUUAAAAAAUUGUGCUGACUAAAGAACGAGCAAAAUUUUCUUUAUCAUUCCAUUUUGUAUUGCUCAGGACAACUACUACACUUAAAAUCCUCUUGCACAAUACAUAGCAGGAUGCACCCUUCUAGUGUUCUGACACAGUUCUCUUCUUUCUAUCCAUUCUGGGUAGCACUUAACCGUAAAUCCGUCUCCAAAUCCUCAACUAACCCACAGUAGGGUGUAUGACUCUUCAACACUCCCACGUACAGCGUGAGUCACUCGUCCAUCAUUUCACAAUGUACACAGGAGUUAGAAGAUUACCUAAAGAGGUAAAAUAACACUGUCUUGACAUGAGAGAUAUGUAUGUUAUAGAACCUGCUUUUUCUUUUUAAGUUUCCAUUGUUAAGAUGUAAAUUGCGUGUAACCAAGAAGAGGAAUAGCAAGAGUGCAUCUGGCCCAUGAUCUUUACAAUAUUCUCAGUAACCAUUAAAGUUUACAUAUUUAUACAGGGAAUUACAGCAUUACAUGUAGCAAUGCAAUUUCAGCACUUCUCCCAAGUGCCUACCCUUUAGAAGUAACUGUAGAGAGCCAGUCACUCCUGUUAUGGGCUGCAAUAACUUGGUAUGCCCAGAAAGGGCAUAUUUUAGGGGCAGCAUGUAGAGUCUCUAGGUUUCUCCUCUUAUAUCUGUUGUCUCCUGCAAUACAUCCCAAUUUACUGCUGUUGGAGGAAAUGAGGCUGCACCGAUUCAGGCAGGGUACUGUACGGAAAUAUUGCUAACGUGCAUCACCUCAUUGUGCACUGGAGAUGGAGCACAAACAAGUUACUACUACUGAUGCAUUGAGUAGCAGCUGCUAUGUCUGGGCCCCAAACCAGGUAUGUUAAUUACAGGCUUAGGUUGGGUGGACUUUCAAAAUGUAUAGUCAGAAAUCUGACACCUAACGGGGGGGAAGGAAAAGAAAUCAAAGCAGCACUAUCAGAAACAUGAGCAAAACUUGAAAAGUAAAUAAGAAUUAAAUGGGAAACUCUAGCUGUAUGAGAACAUCCUUUAGCCAACUGUGAUGAACAAAAGCUUUGGCAUGUAGCAUGCUUUUGCUUGGUUCCUGCACAGUUACAUGUCCAACUACAAAAAGAACAAACUGUUUCUACACUCCCAAAGCUCUAGUAUGUUUGUUUUGUAACAAUUAUCAUUUUUACUUCAUUCAGAACCCAUAACUAAAGCACUUGUAAUGUCCGAGGUUCUAUGUUACUUAAAAUGCUAUGGCAUACAACUGUCUAGUGAAAAAGUAAGUUUACUAUCGAAGGAAAUGUAAGCUCUAAUACCACUUUAAAUAGCCGAGAGCUACUGUAAAUAGAGACAUUUUUAACUUACAUGGCAGGUUUGUUAGUUUUGUAAAUAGUUACACAGAGUUCUACAUUGCCAACUUUAUGAGCUGGUAGUGGAAUGAUGUGUAUGUAACCUGCAGCAGAAAUCGGUUGUCUCAUCUACAGAAGGUUUUACAGCAGCACUGCAACAGCUGGAAAAACUGGUGAUAAAAGGUUUACCUCCUUAGUGGAAAGGUGGUUUUAUCACUGUCUGACAUUUGGGAGGUGAGGUGGGAGGAGAGGGAUGUGUUAGGACAUGCUAGCAGGACAAACUACAGAUUUAAAGGAAUUUGCAAGUGGAUGAAAUGAAGAUGUUCCACAGCUGAUGACAAUCUCAGGUUAAUUAUUUUCAUCUAACAAUUUGGCUACUUGGGCUCCUGAAGCAGUUAAACAGAGGGAUUGGAAAAGCAACCGGGAGUGCCCAGGCAUGGUUCUGAUCCUGAAUUGUAGUGUUAGUGAUACUAACCCUAGUCGAGUUUUAUCUGUGAGAUUUUCUUUGUUUAUAGUUUUAUUUCGCUAAGGAACUAAUAUGUAGAAAUGUGUGUUCAGACAUUUCAAUGGGAAAUAAGUCUUGUGAACCCAUUUUUGUGUAGCCCCAUUGAAUGCCU